AGAGAGAGGAGAGAGAGGAGAGCUAGAGGAGAGAGAGAGGAGAGAGAGAGAGAGAGAGAGAGGAGAGAGAGAGAGAGAGAGAGGAGAGAGAGAGAGAGAGAGAGAGAGAGA